UAAACCUUAUUAGAUAUAAUGAACUGCUGCUACUUAUUUUUUAUACUUGUACUUAUUUUUACAUCAAAUAGAAUUUAUUGUACAAAGCCUCACAUAGUCUUUAUUUUAGCAGAUGAUCUUGGAUGGAAUGAUGUGAGUUUUCACGGCUUCUUACAAAUUCCAACUCCAAAUAUAGAUGUUUUAGCAUCAAAUGGUGUUAUUCUGAAUAAUUACUAUGUUCAGCCUUUAUGUACUCCAUCUAGAGCUGCUUUACUCAGUGGACGACAUCCUAUACAUUUAGGUCUCCAACAUUGGAUAUUAUAUGGAGCUCAACCAGCUGGAUUACCUUUAGAUGUCAAGAUCAUGCCUGAAUUUUUUAAAAAAUUUAAUUAUUCAACUCACAUUGUUGGAAAGUGGCAUUUAGGAUUUCAUAAAAAGGAAUAUCUUCCGACUUAUCGCGGAUUUGAUUCUCAUUUUGGUUUUUGGUUAGCUAAAAUGGAUUAUUAUGAUCACACUUCUCUCGAUGUUUAUGAAAAUUCGACACUAAAGUAUGCAUGGGGAGACGUAUUAAGGGAUAAUAUGAAAAUCGUCAGUGAUUUGAAAGGACAUUACUCUACUCAUCUGUUUACAAAUCGGGCUGUCGACAUAAUUAAAAAACAUAAUACGACACAGCCGUUAUUUUUAUACGUUGCUCCUAGUGCUCCUCAUUCAGGAAAUAGAUAUUCGCUUUUUCAAGCUCCGUUCACUGAAAUAUCAAAAUUCUCUCAUAUUAGAAACCCAGAAAGAAGAAUUUAUGCAGCAACAGUUUCAGAAUUAGAUAAAUUAGUUGGAGAAAUAUUUGAAGCACUCGAUCAUAAGAAGAUGCUAGAUAAUACCAUCUUUGUUUUCUCUUCGGAUAAUGGAGCAGAAACCGGAUUUAGAAAAGGAGUUGGAUCAAACUGGCCUCUUAGAGGUAUUAAAGCAACUUUAUGGGAAGGAGGAAUAAGAGCAGUUGGAAUUGUAUGGAGCAAACUGAUAAAGCAUCAACCAAGAAUUGAAAAUAGUUUGAUGCACAUAACAGAUUGGUUGCCAACUCUGUACCAUGCAGCAGGAGGAGAUAUUAAUGACUUAAGUAACAUCUAUGGCAUAAAUCAAUGGAAUUCUAUAUCUGAAGGAAUACCAUCAUCUCGAGAAGAACUACUAUUGAACAUAGAUCCAAUUGAUAAAGCCUCUGCUCUUCGUGUGAAAAAUUAUAAAAUUGUAAAUGGUUCCAAUUUAAAUGGACAUUAUAACAUGUGGUAUGGGGCUAUAGAAAAUAAAGAUGUUAUCUCUAUUUCUGAUUACGAGGAAAGACUUUCUUGUUCAAUUAUUUUGCAUAUUCUUCACCGAAGAGAAAAAUGUUUCUGUAUGAAUAAUUGUUUUUCUGAAUUGAAAGUAAAAUGCAAUCCAACCAAAGAAAAAUUUAAUAACUGCAAUCCAAAUAUUUCUCCCUGUUUAUUUGAUGUAAGAAAUGAUCCAUGUGAAAUUAACAAUAUUGCUGAUAGACAUCCACAGAUCGUACAGUCAAUGCUCAAACGUUUAAAGGAAUUAGAAUCAACUGCUGUUCCUAUUGUGAAACAAGAUAUAGAUCCAUUGGCUAAUCCUUCACUCUACCAAUUUGUUUGGACAAACUGGUUAGAUAAGAAUUAAAUAACUUUCGUUGAUUCUUAAGACACAUCAGAAACAAAAAUGUUUUCAAAUAGUUUAAUAUUUCGUAUAAAAAAAACACUUAUAUAAAUGAAAUUACUGGAUAUUUAUACUCUACAUUGAAUGUAAAGUACAGUAAAACCUCGAUUUAACUGUCUAAUUCGGACGUGGGAAUGUCCAUUAAAGCAUAAAAUCCGUUAUAUAAAGUAGGUUUCCCGAAUGCGUGUAUUAAAAAAUUGUCAAAGUGGUUCGUUCAUCUGUUUUUACUUUUGUAGAUACGUUUAUGUAAUUACAAUUAAGUACUGUAUGAGAAAUUCAAUUUCACAGAAAAGUUUUCUACAUUAUUAUUAUUGCAUAUUACAUAUGUACUCAACUUAGUUCUGAGACUAAUAACUAAGCGGUGACUCUUGGAUUUGAAAAAAUAAUCUGUUAAUUUAAUUACAUAUAAAAAGCAUUUUAAAAUUAGCAAAGUGUUAAUUUUCAUAUAUGACAUACUGACCAAAAGUUUUGUCCGUUAAGUCCUAAGUCUGUUAAAUCGAUGUUUUACUGUAUUAAGUCAGAAUGUUUCCAAUUUGCAACUCAUAUACUGUAUUUAAUAACUUAAAACUGAAUUUUAAAUAUACUGUAGUUAUUUAAUAAAGACAUUGUCUAGUAAAU